UGUCAAACGAAACAACGACCUUUUUCCCGCUUUCUUCUUUUCUUUCUUUCUUUGAUUGAACAGUUUCGAAUUCGACUUUGACUUUUCCGUUCAAAGAUUGAAUCCUUUUUCCCCCUUUAUCGCGCUCGUUUGCCUGCUCAAACAGAGCAGAAAUCAUCACCCAGGAAAAAGAAAAGAAGAAACCUCCAAAAGAAGGCACAAAAUUAGUGAAUCUAGUGAGGUGAUGAUGUUUGAUGGGGUUGCAAACAAUUUGUGGCGUGUUAAUCAAAAGCAUGACCCACCACCAAUAAGGCCCCAUUGCCUUUGGAGAAUUGCAAUCUUGUGAUUUUUGCCCUGCACACCACCUGUUUGACAAAAAUGGCCAAAGAACUUCACCUACAUCAGCUUUCCCCAUCUGGGCCUCUGUCUCUGUCUCUUUCCACCAUUUGCUUCCUCAACCCCACCAUCGUUUUUUUCUCCCUACUGACCUUCCACUUUGCUCUCCCUCGGUUCCCUUCCUCUGAAUGGACCGAAGCGACAUGCAGCAGCUCCAGCAACAGUUAUCUCUGGCCAAGUCUGUGCGCCACCACUGCAACGAAUGGAUUUUUCGAGACGUUCCAAGCGAUAUUACGAUAGAAGUGACUGGAGUGACAUUCUCCCUGCAUAAAUUCCCUCUUGUCUCUCGAAGUGGGCGGAUUCGAAGGUUAGUUGCAGAAUAUAGAGAUUCUGACAUCUCUAGGGUGGAGCUUCUCAAUCUUCCGGGAGGUCCUGAAUCUUUUGAGCUGGCUGCCAAAUUUUGUUAUGGGAUAAACUUCGAAAUAACUCCAGGAAAUGUUGCGCAGCUAUGUUGUGUAUCAGAUUAUCUUGAAAUGACCGAGGAGUUCUCAAAGGAUAAUCUUGGCUCGCGAGCCGAAGAAUAUCUCGAGAGCAUCGUCUCCAAGAAUCUUGAAAUGUGUGUUGAAGUGUUGCAGCAAUGUGAGAAUUUACUCCCUCUUGCCGAUGAGCUGAAAGUAGUUAGCCGUUGCAUCGAUGCAAUAGCAUCAAAGGCUUGUUCAGAGCAAAUUGCUUCAAGCUUCUCGCGCUUGGAGUAUAGUAGUUCAGGGAGACUUCACAUGAGUAAACAGGCCAAGUGUGAUAGUGACUGGUGGAUUGAAGAUAUCUCUGUUCUUCGUGUUGACUUGUAUGAAAGAGUCAUUACAGCCAUGAAGUGUCGAGGGGUUCGUCCCGAGAGCAUCGGUGCAUCCUUGGUGAAUUAUGCUGAGAGGGAGCUAACAAAGAAAUCCAGCUUAUGGAACCCAUCUGGCCAGACAAAAUCUGAUUUUGUUUCGGGUUCGAAUGGGCAGGAAAAACUUAUUGUUGAGACAAUAGUGAGCCUUUUUCCAGUUGAAAAAUUGGCUGUUCCGAUCAAUUUUCUUUUCGGGCUUCUGAGAAGUGCUGUGAUGCUUGAUUGCACUGUUGCUUGCAGACUUGACCUUGAGAGAAGGAUAGGAUCCCAGUUGGAUAUUGCUACUCUUGAUGACCUUCUGAUUCCAUCCUUCAAGCAUUCAGCUGAUACUUUGUUUGACGUUGACACAGUUCACAGGAUUUUGGUUAACUUCUCUCAACAAGAUGAUAGCGAGGAAGAUAUGGAAGACGCCUCUGUUUUCGAAUCAGAUAGUCCUCAUUCGCCAUCUCAAAGUGCAUUGUUUAAAGUUUCCAAAUUAGUGGAUAACUACCUUGCUGAAAUUGCCCCUGAUGCAAACCUCAAGCUUUCAAAGUUCGUCGUCAUUGCAGAUUCUGUACCUUCACAUGCACGCACCAUCCAUGAUGGACUAUAUCGAGCCAUCGACAUCUAUCUUAAAGCUCAUCAGGGGCUAUCAGAUUUAGACAAAAAGAAGCUCUGCAAACUACUUGAUUUCCAAAAGCUCUCACAAGAGGCUGGUGCUCAUGCUGCUCAAAACGAACGGCUUCCCCUCCAAUGCAUGGUUCAAGUCCUAUAUUUCGAGCAACUAAGGCUCCGCAAUGCAUUGUCGAAUUCUUGCGGUGACGAGGACUACAAACCCUCACACCAAUCAUGGCGGAUCAGCAGUGGUGCGUUGAGUGCAGCAAUGUCUCCACGAGACAAUUAUGCAUCGCUGAGACGAGAGAACCGUGAACUUAAACUUGAACUGGCCCGACUACGGAUGAGGUUGAAUGAUCUUGAAAAAGAACAUGUUUGUAUGAGGAGGGACAUGCAGAAGUCGAGUUCUCGUAAACUUAUGAGUUCUUUCUCAAGGAAAUUUAGUAAAAUGAGCUUCUUUGGGCAUAGCUCUUCGAGGGGUUCGAGUUCUCCAUCAAAACAUUCACAGAGGACGGAUUCUAAAGUGAUUGAAAGAACAUGUACAAGUGCAGAAUAGUUAGAGUUUACAUCACACAGUGCACUGCAGAGUUAUCUUUUCUUUGUCAAGCAAAUGCAAAUUCUUUUCCCUUUCUCCUCUCUUUAAAGAAUGGUCGAGUCUACUUGUAAUUUGUAAAUGAAUAGCAUUUCGAAGAACUCUUCUAUAUUGAUGAUGAUUUUGGCAAGUAAAUCUCAGUAGUAUUGAAUUCUACA